AUGUCCCUAGUUAAAAUGAAGGAACGGGAUGAAAAGGCACGCGAGGAGGCGGAAAAAUUGCUAAAUGAAGUCAUCGAGCAAUCACAGGGGAAAAUGUAUAAGCCUACCGCGGCUGCCGGUGUGGGAGUUAACACACAGCCGCACAACCGGCGGAUGAGGGUGGAAACGCUAAGAAGCACGCCUGAUUAUAUUUUUAAGAUUAUACUCGUCGGUGAUAGUUAUGUUGGGAAGACCCGAUUCUUGAAGAAUCUCGUUGGUGCUAUCGGCUUCGGGGAUCAAUGCGUCACCACCCUCAGCGUUGAUGUCGUUAAUCAUUACGUUAUCGUUGAUGGAAAGACAGUUCAGGUUUUAAUGUAUGAUACUUGCGGCCAGGAACGUUUCCGAGCCAUGACAGCACAGUUCUACCGUGACGCCCACGGUGCCAUAAUGGUGUACGACACCACUCAAAUUGGGAGUUUCGACAAUAUCGAAGUGUGGUUCUCGCAGCUCAACAGUUUUGGUUGUGAAAAUACGAGCAAAAUACUUGUCGGAAAUAAAUGUGAUCUCCCCGAAAGAAGGGCCGUUGAAAUUGGGCGGGCCAGAGCCCUGGCCGACAAACUGGGCGUUCCCUUUAUAGAAACGAGCGCAAUGACUGGUGCCGGAGUUGCCGUAGCAGUUGAGGCCUUAGUGAGAAUGAUUAUGAGACAACAACCUGUUCCACUAGCCAGCCAAUGGGCAGGCAGUAAAAGCGGACAUAGAAAUGCAGUCAAUUUGGAAAGACCCCGCCGGGAGAACGGCACCGGCAGACGGUCUGAGAGGAGCCAGAGAAAUGAUAAUUGUUGCUGCCAAUAA